AUGUCGGAGAUCAAUCAGGAAGAGCAACAAUUUGUGGAGGCGGAGGAGGUUCUACUCACCGAAGUUGAAAACCCGGGAGCACACUGUUUGGUAGACGCAGCGGCGUCUACUGGCAUUCAAGGUUCACCAAUAUUUGUCGUUCAAUCUGAACUCGAACGAUUGUUGAGUCAGCGCAACCACUCUAGUUCUAGGAUUGAGCACAUUAUCGAGACUAUAAAUUUGUUUCAAGAAGACGCCAUCUUGCUGGAGACACGUAGAGAUAUGCUCAAGCAAUGUUACUCAAAUUAUGACACGGCCCAAAGUUCCCUGGAGCAAUUGAAUCCGGAAGAGUACCGCACUCGCGAUUCAAUUGAAAUCAAAUACAUUGCCGGGCUAGCAGCCUUCGAGAAAGCGAUACACAACAAACGGAAAUCCAAUAUGGCGCCCAACACCCAGGUUGAAUUUGCAAGAUUGCCAGCCAUAGACUUACCGACGUUCAAUGGAGCUAGCGGUCAAUGGCUGGAAUGGAUAGGAAAAUUCAACUCCAUGAUUCAUAACCGAGCUAUUCCGAGUAUUCAAAAAUUAGAGUACCUCAAGGUAUCCUUACGGGGUGCUGCCUUGGCUGUGAUUGAUUCGCUGCCAACGACGGAAACUAAUUACGACAUCGCAUACGAGUUGCUGAGCCGACGGUUCAAUAAUUCGAAACUUUUGAUCCAACAACACACUCGAGAGCUGUUCGAAUUAAAAACGGUCGAAGUCGAAUCCCCAACAGCGCUUAGGGAAUUAUUCGAUUCAGCAAGGAAACAUUUAAGAUGUUUGGAAACGCUGCAGCAACCGAUUCAGGCCUGGGACGCCAUAUUAGUCCACUUAUUGUCCAACAAGCUAGACCAUGCAACUCGAAGACAAUGGGAGACUGCAGCGUCGGGUACCACGCCAGCUACGUACAACCAGCUGGAGGGCUUCGUUUUGGACCGCUGCCAGGUGCUAGAUGCAGUUCCAAUCAAGAGAAAGGUGCCCGUGGAAGGCGGAUCAAUUACCAAAAAGAUCAAACCAGAAUCAAGAUCCUUUGUCACUCGGACUGACAACAAGUGUCAAAUAUGCGACGGACACCAUUAUAUAGCAACAUGUAAUGGAUAUAGAAUCAAAUCAAUAGCUGAAAAAUUGCAGACUAUCAGACGCUAUUCACUUUGUUACAACUGCCUUUCAACCAACCACAGUGUUGAAAAAUGCCGCAGUACCGGAUGCCGCAAGUGCAACAAGAAGCACCAUACUUCCAUCCAUCGCGAGAGUCGUUAUAACGGAAACACUCAAAUGGAGAACACGUAUUAUCAUUUACCAACAGAUGUUCUCAUUCCUACGGCUUCUAUAUUAGUGAUGGUUGCAGAGAAAACCAUACUAUGUCGGGUACUAUUAGACACAGGGUCACAAUCCAAUUUCGCAACAGAAUCAUUUAUUAGACGUGCCGGAAUUGUUACUACACCAGCUCACAUGAUGGUGAAAGGGUUUGGUCAGAAUGGAAGUUUAAUACGCGAGAAGGCUAUCAUUAAAUUCAAAAGUCGGAAUUCGGAUUAUUGCCAAUCAGCUCCUGUCUUCGUAACAAGCUCCAUAACUGACCCAAUUCCACGAGCUGACAUCGAUACCGAUGAUUGGAACUUGUUUGAAGAAAAUUUAGCUGAUCCUGAAUUCCAUCUGUCUAGAAACGUUGAUAUGCUAUUUGGAGUAACUCUGGUGCUCGACAUUCUAAGAAGUGGAAAUAAACAAAUAGGUUCCAAACUUCCAUUACUUCAGAACACAUCACUAGGUUGGAUAGUUGGUGGAACAACUUGUAAGUUAACUGCUCAUCAUCAAGUAUCCGGAUUCAUUAGUGACACUACGGCGGCCAUUACUAGAACGUGGAACGAAGAAGAAAUAUCCGUUGAGAAUUUAUUCGUUACCACUACCACAAGAGACUCAAAUGGCAGAUUUAUAGUGAGAUUACCACUUAAGGAUUCACAUAAGCAACUGGGCGAUUCACGAACUUUGGCCUUGGACAAGUUCCUGAAAUUAGAAAACAGGUUUCAGAAGGAUAAAGAAUUGCAUCAACAAUAUAUUGCAUUUAUGAAAACCUACUUGGAAUUGGGCCACAUGAAAAGGCUGAACGAACGAGAUAUUGACUACGAUAGUCCUCACUACUAUUUUCCGCACCAUCCGGUCUUUAAACUGGAAAGUAGCACCACUAAAAUUCGAACGGUAUUCAACGGAUCUGCAGUUACUUCCAGCGGUUUGUCGUUGAACGAUGUUUUACAAACGGGACCGACUAUCCAAAGCGAUUUGAGCAGCAUAUUGUUAAGGUUCAGAUGUCAUCCGUAUGUGCUAACAGGUGAUAUCCAAAAGAUGUUCCGACAAAUAGUGGUCCAUGAAACAGAUCGUAAAUUCCAACUUAUCUUCUGGCGAUUUUCUUUGGAAGAAAGGGUGGAAACAUAUCAAUUGAAUACGGUUACUUACGGUACGUGCUCAGCUCCUUAUACCGCUGCCAGAUGUCUGCAACAAUUGGCCACCGAAUUCCAGAACGAAUAUCCGGAUGCAUGCCAAGCUCUCCGUGACGACUGCUAUAUGGAUGACAUUCUAACCGGUCACCGCACCGAGACACAAUUAAUCAAAAUGAUUCUCGCUCGGGCCGGAUUCGAACCCCACAAAUGGGCAUCGAAUAAACAAACCAUUGUACGAAACACUGAUAGACAAACUGAAGUGAAAAUUCUUGGAUUAAACUGGGACACACUGAAAGAUAUCUUCACGUUCAAUUGUCAUGUAAACGUGGAUACAAAAACAACUAAAAGAUUAGUCUUAUCAGAAGUGCAAAAGAUUUUUGACCCUCUUGGUUUACUAAGCCCAAUAGUCAUCAUUGGUAAAAUCAUUAUGCAGGACAUUUGGUCGGAACAGCUAGAUUGGGACGACACCUUGCCAGAUUCCAUAAUCCGAGAAUGGAAAAGAUUUUGCAAUCAACUAAUGAACAUAAGUACACUCAGUAUUCCAAGGAACGUUCACACAUCGGGAAAGAUUAUUGAACUACACGGAUUUUCGGAUGCUGCUAAGCGAGCCUAUGGGGCUGCAAUUUAUGUACGUACAGUAACUGAAACCGGUACAAAAAUUAGCCUUUUGUGUGCCAAAUCGAGGGUCUCGCCUAGUGGAAAAAAAUGCAAACCAGAAGACACUACCAUCCCUCGAUCAGAGCUUAGAGCCGCUACCUUGCUCGUUGAAUUUAUGGAUAAGGUAAUAAGUGAUCUAACCAUCGAUGUUCAAUGCGUACACUAUUGGACAGAUUCCAUGGUGGUACUGGAAUGGAUAAACAACACUACGAAGCAGUGGCCAGCAUUCAUACAGAAUCGAGUGGUGAAAAUCAGAGAUAAAUCUUCAGUUGCUUAUUGGCAUCAUGUGAAAUCGAAAGAUAACCCAUCAGGUUUGAUCUCUAGAGGAACAUCCGUGCAAAAAUUGUUACCAACAUCAAUAUGGUGGACUGGCCCUGAAUUCUUGAAAGAACAUAAAGAUGCUUGGCCAAAAGAGCCAACAAUUACAUCUGCAGUUACGCUUAUCACUAAAGAUGUAAAAUGUACUCAAUUAGAAGCAGAUAUCUACAAAAUAGGAGACUACUCGAACGUCCAUAAACUGAAGAGAGUUGUUGCAUACGUACUAAGAUUCAUUCAAAACUACAGGCUAAAACCUGAAGAUCGUGUCAAAGGUCCUUUGAACGUGCAGGAGGUUGUUUAA